AUGUCCAACCGCCAGAAUAUCGAAUUCAAAACCCUCAGCGGCGUCACGCUGCGCGGAUGGCUGUAUCCGAGUGAAACGCAAAAGAAAGGACCGGGCAUUAUUCUGUCGGCUGGUUUCAACAUGCCCAAAGACGUCGUCGUCCCGGACGUCGCAGAAUGGUUCCAGCGGCACGGCUUCACGGCCCUGGUCUUCGACACGUUUGGCAUUGGCGAGAGUGAGGGGUUGCCGCGGUGUGAUACCAACAUGCACCGCCGCGUCGAAGACUUCAUCGACUCGAUUACUUUUCUCAGUAGCCACCCGCUCGUCGACCCCCAGCGCAUCGUCCUCUGGGGCCUCUGUUUCGACGGCAACAUCAUGUUGGCGGUCUCGGCGCUCGACACGCGUGUUGCUGCUGUUCUCGCCAUCGCGCCCAUGAUCGACGUCUCGGGCGACUCGGAGCGGCACGCCGCAAUCCGCGAACUGGGCGUCGCAGAUCGCGCAGCACAGCUCGACGGUGAACCGCCCAUGUACCUCCCGCUGGUCGACGAGGACGGGAUUAUGCCGCUGGGCCAGACAUCUGGCCUGGGCUUCUUCACUACCAUGCAGGGCAUGCAGCUUCCCGUUGAGAAUCGCGCGACGGUCCAGAGUUACCUGCGGGGCUUAUCCUGGAGUAUCGAGCAUUUGCUGCCGAGGAUUAGUCCCACGCCCGUCUUCAUGCUGACGCCAGAGCUGGACCAGGUGUUUGCUGCGGAGCGCCAGACCAAGGCGUUUGAGAUGCUGGGGGAACCCAAAGAACAGUUUUUGGUCGAGGGAAAGGAUCAUUUCAAUUGGAUGUUUGGCGAUGUGGAUGCCGUGUUUGGGAGGCAGUUGCGGUUUUUGAAGAGGUUUGUCGCGGUUUGA